UUACCUUCUUCUUUCUGGCUGCAGAACGCUGCGAUGACUGGGGUGUGGACACCAUGAAGCAGAUCCAGAUUUAUGGAGGGGAACCUGCCAAGAUCAAAUGCCCGCUUUUUGAGACGUUCUUGAAGUACAACUACAGCACAGCCCAUUCUGCAGGCUUAACCCUGAUCUGGUACAGGAUUGCACAGGACCGGGAUCUGGAGGAGCCCAUUAAUUUUCGUCUCCCAGACAAUCACAUCAGUAAGGAGAAAGACACCCUUUGGUUCUGGCCUGCUCUUCUCAAUGACACUGGGAAUUAUACAUGCAUGCUCAGAAAUACAACCUACUGCAGCAAAGUUGCAUUUCCCUUGGAGGUUGUUCCGAAAGACCAACACUCUUGUGUGAGCCAUUCAAUAAAACCCAUUGAGGAGAUGUUCUACUUGGAGCAUGCCAAUGAGAAGAUCAUAUGUCCAGAUAUUGAUGGGUUUUACCCUGCUAGUGUAACACCAACGGUCAAGUGGUACUUGAACUGCAGCUUGGUGGAUGGCUUCCACGAGCGAUACCCCCAAGGGCCCAGGCUUGUCAUCGGCAUUGUCCGCAGUGUGUAUAAAGGGAAUUACACUUGUAUUGUGACAUUCAAGGACCACAGAAGAACCUAUAAUCUCACCAGAACCAUAAACGUGAAGGUGGUGGGAUCUCCAAACAAGGCCUUGCCACCACAGUUCAUCUCUCCAAAUGAGAAAGUUGUCUACGAACUGGAAGCAGGAGAUGACCUUGUUCUGUCCUGUGAGGUCUUCUUCACCUUCCUGAAGGAAUCCCGGACUGAGGUGUGGUGGACUAUAGAUGGGAAAAACACAGGAGACAUCACGGACCCCAAGAUAAAAGUUACACAAAGUGAAAUUACUAGAGAUUUUGAAGACAAAACUAUCAUAAGGACUCUAACAGUCACAAAAGCCACACUGGAGGACUUGAAACGGAAUUAUACUUGUUAUGCCAGAAAUGCCAAAGGCGAGGACCGUAGCCAGGCCAUAGUGCGCAUGAAAGUUGUAACACCGAAAUACACCGUGGAGCUGGCCUGUGGACUGGGGGCAACCAUCCUGCUCAUUGUGGUGCUGAUAGUCGUCUAUCAUGUUUAUUGGCUUGAAAUGGUCCUCUUCUAUCGGGCUCAUUUUGGAACAGAUGAAACCAUCCUAGAGGGGAAGGAGUAUGAUGUGUACGUGUCCUACGCACGCAAUGCGGAGGAGGAGGAAUUUGUGCUGCUGACACUGCGGGGAGUCUUGGAGAAUGAGUUUGGAUACAAGCUGUGUAUCUUCGACAGAGACAGUAUCCCCGGGGGAAAUACCACUGAAGCUGUGUUUGACUUCAUCCAGAGGAGCCGCAGGAUGAUCGUGGUCCUGAGUCCUGAUUACUUGACAGAGAAGAGCAUCAGCCUCUUGGAGUUCAAGCUGGGCAUCAUGUGCCAGAAUGCCAUCGCCACCAAGCUUAUCGUGGUGGAAUACAGGCCACUGCAGUGCACCCACCCCAGUAUCCUCCAGCUGAAGGAGUCCGUCUCCUUUGUCACCUGGAAGGGAGAGAAGUCCAAGCGUUCUGGCUCCCAGUUCUGGAAGGCAUUGCGGCUCGCCCUGCCGCUGCGCAGCCUGAAUGCCGGCACCGGCUGGAAUGAGAGCUGCUCCUCCCAGUCGGACAUCAGCCUGGACCCCAUCCAGAGGAAAAGGAGCCGGUUGAAAGGGCAGCCUAACCCACGGGGUGUCGCAGCAGGGACUUUUGCUCCUGGAGGGACAGCCGCAGCCCCCAAGUCAAAGGCCAAACAUCGAGCCAAGCGCUUCUUGACAUGCCGGUGUUGUGGGACCUAUUGCAAUGGUGGCAGCAGACUCAAGCGCAAGCAUCGGGCUGUGGCUGAGCCCAGGUGGGACACUCAACUCUGCAAGCCAGGCUCAGGCAGGCCCGCAGCACAGGGGGUUCAGGGCAGAAGUCGACCUGAGCCCCCAUCGGCACAGGCCACUGGUCUUGCCCUAUGCCAUUACAGUGACCUGUCAAACAACAACGACUUCUAUGUACUUUAG